CGUUGCUGCUGUACCCGUGCUCGGCUCUUACGUGUCCAUCCGUUAGGACUGAGAGGAAGGGCAGAAAGUUUCGGAUCACCUCCCUGAGUAUCAGGGCCGGAAAGAGACUCUCGGCUACUUGCUCCAAACAUGCAGACCAGCACCAGCUUCCCCUUCUGUGGAAGCCGCUGGCCGACGCCCAGUCAGGAGUUGUAGUACCAAAAUUCCAGUUCUUACGCGACUUGCUAGAGAAGCAGGAAGUUGCUUUUUUUGGGGAAGGCGGGCCAGGCAGGGAAGGUCUUUGGCUUCCCAAAUUCCCUCUGUUUUCCUCACAGACUGUAUUCUGCCCGCUGGCCCACCACCUCAGGGGAACGAUGGCCGCAGAGUCCACAGCUACUGCCGCCAUCGCUGCGGAGCUGGUUUCCGCCGACAAGGUUGAAGAAGAUGCUCCUGCUCCUUCUACCUCUGCAGAUAAAGUGGAGAGCCUGGAUGUGGAUAAUGAAGCUAAGAAACUGUUGGGUUUAGGACAGAAACAUCUGGUGAUGGGGGAUAUUCCAGCAGCUGUCAAUGCAUUCCAGGAAGCAGCUAGUCUUUUAGGUAAGAAGUAUGGAGAGACAGCUAAUGAGUGUGGAGAAGCCUUCUUUUUCUAUGGGAAAUCCCUUCUGGAGUUGGCAAGAAUGGAGAAUGGUGUGUUGGGAAAUGCCCUAGAAGGUGUGCAUGUGGAAGAGGAGGAAGGAGAAAAAACAGAAGAUGAAUCUCUGGUAGAAAAUAAUGAUAACAUAGAUGAGGAAGCAAGGGAAGAGUUGAGAGAACAGGUUUAUGACGCCAUGGGAGAAAAAGAAGAAGCAAAAAAACCAGAAGACCAGUCUCUGGUAAAGCCUGAAAUUGAUAAAGAGCAGGAAAAUGAAAUGGAGAAGGGUGGAAGAGAAGACAUGGAUAUAAGUGAGCCUACAGAGGAACUACAGGAAAAAGUUGAGUCCACUCCAGAUCAGUUAACUGAAACCACUGAGGCAAAAGAAAUAGCAGCACCAGAAGGACUGAAUGAAGCCAAGGUCGCUUCUGGGAAGCCAGAACAGGAAGCCCCAGAUGCUGAGGAAGGAAAAUCAGUUUGUGGAACUGACGUGCAAGAUGAAUGCAGAGAAAAAGGUCAGGAGAAGCAGGGAGAAGUAAUUGUGAGCAUAGAGGAGAAGCCAAAAGAAGCUUCAGGAGAGCAACCUGUUACAACUCUUGAAAAGCAGGAUACUGCAGUGGAGGCAGAAGCAGAGCCUAUAGAUUCAGCAGUCAAGCCAGUGGCUGGGGGUGGGAAUGAGCCAAAGGAACAGGUAGCAGCUGCCUCUGAAAAUGAGCCAGGAAGGGCUGUUCUUGAGCAGCUGGUAGGGCAAGAAAUGCCUCCUGCUGAAGAGUCACCAAAGGUGACAAUAGAGCUUGCAGAGGCCUCAGCUGCAGAAGCUGGGUCAGAAGUCUCUGAGAAGCCUGGACAGGAGGCCACAGUUCUCCCUAAGGAUGGUAUAGUCAAUGGAUUGUCAGCUGCAGGAGAUCAGACUCCUGUUGAACAACAGACUAAUGUAGAAGAACUGACAGAAACAAAAGAUGGCUCAGGACUAGAGGAGGAGGUCAGGGCAGAGUUGGUUCCUAGCCAGGAGGAGGAAACUAAGCUGUCCAUAGAAGAGUCUGAGGCAGCUGGAGAUGGGGUUGAGACCAAGGUAGCCCGGGGGGCUCCUGAGAAAUCGCCUGAAGACAAAGUUAAGAUAGCUGCUAAUGAAGAAACACGAGAAAGAGAAGAACAGAUGAAAGAGGGUGAAGAAACUGAAGGCUCAGAAGAGGAGGAUAAAGAAAAUGACAAGGCUGAAGAAACACCAAAUGAAUCACUUCUUGAAAACAAGUCUCUUCAAGAAAACGAAGAGGAGGAGAUUGGGAAUCUAGAGCUUGCCUGGGAUAUGCUGGAUUUAGCGAAGAUCAUUUUUAAAAGGCAAGAAACAAAAGAAGCUCAGCUUUAUGCUGCACAGGCACAUCUUAAACUUGGAGAAGUUAGUGUUGAAUCUGAAAAUUAUGUCCAAGCUGUGGAGGAGUUCCAGGCUUGCCUUAACCUGCAAGAACAGUACCUGGAAGCCCAUGAUCGUCUUCUUGCAGAGACCCACUACCAGCUGGGCUUGGCCUAUGGAUACAACUCUCAGUAUGAUGAGGCAGUGGCACAGUUCAGCAAAUCUAUUGAAGUCAUUGAGAAGAGAAUGGCUGUACUGAGUGAGCAGAUGAAGGAGGCUGAAGGAUCAUCUACUGAAUAUGAGAAAGAAAUUGAAGAGCUGAAGGAACUGCUUCCUGAAAUUAGAGAGAAGAUAGAAGAUGCAAAGGAGUCCCAGCGUAGUGGGAAUGUAGCUGAAUUAGCUCUGAAAGCAACUCUGGUGGAGAGCUCUACUUCAGGUUUCACUCCUAGUGGAGGCAGCACUUCAGUCUCCAUGGUUGCCAGUAGAAAACCAACAGAUGGUGCUUCCUCAUCAAAUUGUGUGACUGAUAUUUCCCACCUUGUCAGAAAGAAGAGGAAACCAGAGGAAGAGAGUCCCCGGAAAGAUGAUGCAAAGAAAGCCAAACAAGAGCUGGAGGUCAAUGGAGGCAGUGGGGAUGCCGUCUCCAGUGGAAAUGAAGUUUCAGAAAACAUGGAGGAGGAGGCUGAGAAUCGGGCUGAAAGCCGGGCAGCAGUGGAGGGGACAGUGGAGGCCGGAGCUACAGUUGAGAGCACUGCAUGUUAAAAGAGGGCACAGAGCCUUCCUCCUGAGGGAAAGUGUUUUUGUAUAUAAUGUAUUUUUUCACUUUGGGGGGAUUCUUUUUGUAUAACUUCAAUAAAGAUUGUAAGCAAAGGUU